AUGUUUGGCUCUACUCCUGGGAAGGACGACGAGGUUGCCGCGGUAGAUGGUCCGCCGAUCGGCGACGCGUCGAAGCCGGUGACAGUGGCAGCCCCGACGGAGGAUGCAGCCAUGACAGAACAGAGGGUUUCUGGUAACGGCAUUGCAUCAGCAGACCGUAGAAGCAGCGAUCUUACCUCCAGUCCUGUUGCGGAGAAGAAGCGGCGAAGUAGUGGUGUGUCGCGUGCUCGGGAUAUGUUCUCGAGCGUGAAGCAGUCACUACAUUCAAGCAGCUCUUCUCCCACGACCAACCCAGCCACGCCGGAGAAGAUCGCUCAGACACCUUUACAAAAGCUGGGAAAAGCUGAUGCGGCACUGAUCGUUCCUCAGGGGUCUCUCAACAACUCCGCCGGUGAAUCUGCGCCAGGCCCACGAUCUACCUUCCGCGUCGGUGUCACAGAAGACAAGAACAAGAAAUGCAGGCGGACGAUGGAGGACACACACGCCUAUCUUUACAACUUCCUGAGUACACCGGCUCCCUCAUAUAGCAUAGACCCGAGGGCUUCCGCAUCGAGUACAGGAUCGGCGCAGGUCGAUCCUACUACACAACCUGUCAUCGAGACUGACAAUGGGUACUUUGCCAUCUUCGAUGGGCAUGCUGGAAACUUCGCUGCCGACUGGUGCGGGAAGAAACUGCACCUGAUCUUGGAAGACACCAUCCGAAAGAACCCAAAUACCCCCAUUCCCGAGCUGCUCGACCAGACAUUCACCAUGGCCGAUCAGCAACUCGAAAAGCUGCCCCUCAAGAACAGCGGUUGCACUGCGAUUACAGCGGUUUUGAGGUGGGAGGAUCGAGUGCCGAAUGCUCAAUCAUCUACUGGUUCAGUCCUGUUUGCGCCCGCUGCUGUUUCGGCUGUUAAGAACGCUGUCGAGAGUGGUCAAGUCGCCGAUGUACCCAGCGCAGAUCCCGCUGUCGACCACCCUGUAGAAGCGAAGCUACGCAACGAGGCUAGUAGACAGCGAGUCCUCUACACGGCGAAUGUUGGUGAUGCGCGAAUUGUUCUAUGUCGAAAUGGCAGAGCGCUCCGCCUUUCGUAUGACCACAAGGGUAGUGAUGAGAACGAAGGACGCCGCGUAGCCAGCGCUGGUGGCUUGAUCCUCAACAACCGCGUGAACGGCGUGCUUGCUGUCACGCGAGCUUUGGGCGAUGCAUACAUGAAAGAUCUCGUUACCGGUCACCCAUACACGACAGAAACCGUGAUUCAGGCGGAUCAGGAUGAAUUCCUCAUUCUGGCUUGCGAUGGCCUCUGGGACGUCUGCUCUGACCAAGAAGCCGUCGACUUGAUCCGUGGCAUCCACGAUCCCCAGGACGCCUCUAAAAAGCUGGUUGAUUACGCCCUUGCCCGGUUUUCGACGGACAAUCUGUCUUGUAUGGUGGUUCGGUUCGACAACAAGGCCCUCCGACAGCGCAAGCACGAAGGCACAAUGGGGGUAGAGGGUGACGCAGCGGGUGCCAGGGGUGGAGUCAGCGAAGCAGAAGCCAUCGUCGCGCAGGCACGGAAGUCGAUUGGCGAACCAGAGCUGUCGGUCGAGAGUGCAGCCUCCCAAAUUAUCAUGGAGGAGGAGGAGAAGGAACCCGUACCCGAACUCAGUCUCGAAGCUGCAAAGGCGGCUCAGAAGAACAAGGUAUGA